UUGUAAACAAGCCAUGAGUGAUUUACCUGAAAAUCUUCAAAUCAAAUUGGAAUCGCCCAAUAUAAAGGAGCGCUUGAAUCUCCAUGUUAAGCGACGACUUCAGCAUGAUCCGGACAACGCCACGCCACCGAUCGUUCCAGAGACCAAACGGGCCAAAAGCAAAGAGAAGGAAAAGGAGCCAAAACCACGAAAGCCCUACCAAAAGCGAGUGGACAAGAUUAAAACAGAAGCAGUGGUGACCAGCACAACGUCAACGACAGGCAAAGGCAAAAAGGCUGCACAAAUUGCCAGUCCAGCUGCUGAAUUGGAACCCAUGCUGGAUGAGGCGGAUCUAGAGCUGGGAGCUGGAGGAGCAGGCGGCGGUUCACCAGAAGCAGCAGGACGAAGUAAUACUAACAGAGAUCGUCAUAAGAAUGCUGAUAUAUUGAACAUGGUUUUAAGCGUUAAAAAGCGCGCCCUACUCCAAAAUCCAGAAGUUCAAAAAUUUUGGACAAAUAUUAUGCAGGCUCUUGGAAAGUGAUUUGCUUAUAUGUUAAGAUAGAAAUAGUAUUUUCUUUGUUAAAUAAUUUAAUCAUUUAGUUUUAUAAGUACCUGCGAAGGGGGCCUGUAGUAAAAUCUGUUUUGUGGUUCAUGUGGCUCCAGAUAAGGUUUUGUAUAUUUACACUACUCUUAUAAUAAAAACUUGUAAAUAUUA